AUGUUGUCACGCGUGGGACGCUCUGCACUGCGCGGCGCGCGCGCGCUGGCGACCGACGCCAAGAAAGCCACUGCGUCGGUCGGACAGAUCACGCAGAUCAUUGGCGCCGUUGUGGACGUGCAGUUUAAGGACAAUUUGCCGCCGAUUCUGAACGCGCUGGAGAUCCAGACGCCGGACGACACGCGCAUUGUGCUGGAGGUGGCGCAGCAUCUGGGCGAGAACACGGUCCGCACGAUCGCUAUGGAGGGCACGGACGGCCUCGUGCGCGGCCAAGAGUGCGUGGACACGGGCAACCCCAUCAUGGUGCCCGUGGGCCCCGAAACUUUGGGGCGCAUCAUGAAUGUGAUUGGCGAAUCCGUGGACGAGCGCGGCCCAAUCAACGCCAAGCGCUACGCCCCGAUCCACGCCUCGGCGCCUCUCUUGACGGAACAGGGCUCGGGGGCUGAGAUCCUCGUGACGGGCAUGAAGGUCGUCGAUCUGCUGGCGCCGUACGCGAAAGGCGGCAAGAUUGGCCUCUUUGGCGGCGCCGGCGUGGGCAAGACGGUGGUCAUCAUGGAGCUCAUUAACAACGUGGCCAACAACCACGGCGGCGUGUCGGUGUUUGCCGGCGUGGGCGAACGCACGCGCGAGGGCAACGACCUGUACUACGAGAUGAUCGAGUCGGGCGUGAUUAAGAUCAACGAGGACGGCACGACCACGGGCUCGAAGGCUGCGCUCGUGUACGGGCAGAUGAACGAACCCCCUGGUGCGCGUGCGCGCGUGGGGCUCACGGGCCUGACCGUGGCCGAGUACUUUCGCGACGUGGAAGGACAGGACGUGUUGCUCUUUGUGGACAACAUUUUCCGCUUCACGCAAGCGUGUUCCGAGGUGUCGGCGCUGCUGGGGCGCAUUCCCUCGGCCGUGGGGUACCAGCCGACGCUCGCGACGGAUCUGGGCGCGCUGCAGGAGCGCAUCACGUCGACGAAGAAGGGAUCGAUCACGUCGGUGCAGGCCAUUUACGUGCCGGCUGACGACUUGACGGACCCGGCACCGGCCACGACGUUCUCUCACUUGGACGCGACGACGGUGCUGUCUCGUCAGAUUUCCGAGCUGGGUAUCUACCCUGCUGUGGACCCGCUUGACUCCAAGUCACGUAUGCUGGACCCUCGCAUUAUUGGCCAGGAGCACUAUGACGUGGCGCGUGCGACGCAGAAGCUGCUGCAGGACUACAAGGGUCUGCAGGACAUUAUUGCCAUUUUGGGCAUGGACGAGCUGUCGGAAGACGACAAGCUCACGGUGGCUCGUGCGCGAAAGGUGCAGAAGUUUAUGUCGCAGCCGCUGCACGUUGCCGAGGUGUUUACGGGCAAGCCAGGCAAGUUUGUGCCGCUCGUCGACACGAUCUCUUCGUUCAAGGACAUUAUCAGCGGCAACUACGACGACCUUCCCGAGGCUGCGUUCUACAUGGUGGGCGGCAUUGAAGAGGUGAAGGCCAAGGCGACCGCUCUCGCGGCCGAGCUGGACGAGUAA